GCUCCACCUCCAUCUCGUGCAGGCCCCGGAAGGCCUGGCGCCUCCAUCUCUCUCAUUUCCCACCAUUUCCCAACGGGUGCGCCCUCCAUCCAGCAGCCUAGAUUUUAGUUAAGGAAACUUUGUCGUCCCAUGGUUGCCCAUACAGACGAUCUUUAGGUCGACAGCCGCCCGGUCCCGCUCCGGAAUGGCGUGACAGCAAAAACUGAGGUGGACAAAGGAAAGGGGGUUCCGCUACGGAUGCCUCGCAGUUUCGUUCGGCUGUUCUCUCCUAGGCUGGCUUGGCUCCUCCCCACUUCUUUUGCCCCAUGCCGCGCCCAAUGCCCCAUGUCCCAGCGCCCCAUGCCAGCCAGCUUUUGCAUCUCCGCCCAGCGCGCCCUGCAUCGGCGAAGGAAAUGGCGAGGCAAAUGGCAGGGGUACGCCCCAGUCAAUACCCAACUCAAGGUCCGGAAGUACUCUACUGUCUAUAUGGUAUGGAUGGUACGGAAUACACAUGGUAAUAGUGCUUGGUAAUAAUAUCCAUUCCCUGGAAUAUCGGCCAGCCGAUUCUCUUGUGAGAUAGUGUCAAGAAGAAACACUAUCAGUAGCCUUUGACUUUACCUAUUCAUGC